AGCCAAGUUAUCAGAUUGUAAAAUCGAAACCGGACCACCUCCCCGGUUGAAGUGUUUUCAUCACCACUAUAACUUUAGCGAAUUAAAGGAAGUUUGUUUUUUCCCAUUCCCAACAAACUUUCGCGAAUCGAUGCGCCCUGCUAGAAAAUUUCGCGACAUAUAACUUUAGCGAAUAAUUUGGUCAAAAUCUGCGAAAUCCGCGGUAUAUAGUGCGCAAAAAGUCGUACACCUAAAGUUUUCUUCUUUAGGAAUAUUGAUUCUAUCUCUUUUUCCUCGCAUAUGGCAUCCGUUUUUGUUUGACGGAAAUAAUGAAAUGAAGAAACAAGGACUAGGUACUAAGUUUUUAUGAACGUAGUCAAGGCGAAAAGUAAAGUAAACAAUCAAUCAGAUUUUAUUUAUUUACUUUGAACUGGUCUCGUUAGUGCAAGAUGGCGGCACAGCAGCGAAGUUAAACAAGGUUAUCAUGUUGUUCCGUACGAUGUCAUUCAUUGUACGAAGUUGGGCUUUUUUGCCGUAGCGCUGAGAGUGACCAUCCUCGUACAAAACCGACCAUCUUCGUACAGCGGCGAAUAUCGUCAAAAAAUGAAACUUUUAUAAUAAAAUAAUAACUUUUUUGAAAUAUCUUUUUUUCUUUUAAGUAAUUUGCAAAAAAAGACAUUUGUUUUACGAUUUGGAUGACUCUUUGGAAAAAUACUAAUAUGUAUAUAUAUAUUUAUACUUUGUUUUAUAUUAACAGAGAAUAAACAAUAAUGUUUUUGAAAAAUGGUACUAGUGCUCGUAAGUAUAAAUUUGAUCUCUUUGAUUCAAAUAAGGUUAUAUCAGGUAUGAUAUUGUUAUUGAUUUCUUUUAUUAACCUUUCCAUGGUUUUUAUGGUAGUGACCUUUGAAUUCUAAUGCUAUAUUGAAUUUUCGUGCGAAAAACCUGUAAAUCACCCUUGUCCCCAGUGCCUUUGCGUGGCUUGUACGAAACUGUUUUUGUAAACAUAGUUUUGUUAAUAAUUGAGUGAGAACGGAGAAGAACACAAAAAAUUUCAAUAUUAUUUUUUCUAACCUUUUAAGUUAUUUCGAUAAAGGAAAAGGUAGGUAAAUUUCGAAUCCUUUUCGAGUGCUUUUUCGAACGCACAUUUUAAAUUUACAUUUAAACUUUUAACGCGUGUUUUUAGGUUCAGCACAAUGGAGACUGAAAAGAAAUACAUGGAAGAAAAAUUUCAGGAAUGGUUGGAAGUUGAAAGGACUAAACGGAAUUCCGUAAUAAUGCCCGAACAGACUUAUAAAACAAUAAUAGAUUUUCUAUGUGGAAGAAUAGACAACGUUCCACGUGCUAUGAAAAGAAAACUGCGAAGAAAAAAAUUCCAAGUGAUGAGUUAUCCUACACUUGGUUUAUCGGGUGUUUUGUGCUCUCCAUUUCCCGAUGGCGAUUCUCCUCUGGGAAAAUAUCGUCGCGUAGCAACAGACCGACAGAUGUUUGACAUUAUCAAUAGAGUACACCGCCAAGAAGUUGGUCACCAAGGGGUUCAUAAAACGUUUGAAAAGAUAGCACGCACCUAUGAUAACGUUACUAGAGACGCUGUUGGUGCUUAUAUAAAGCUUUGCACAACUUGCUGUCUGAAAUCCAGUCAAAUAAAGAAAGCUCCAUUGAAGCCGAUUAUCACUACAGGAUUCUUACAGCGUGUACAGAUCGAUCUGAUUGCUAUGUUAUCCAAACCAGAUGCCGAUUACAACUACAUUGGCCAUGUCGUGGACCAUUUUAGCAAAUUCAGGAUAUUAUUUCCAAUGAAAGGGAAAUCAGCAAAUGAUUGUGUGAUUGUACACAAAUCAGGUGGUAACCAACCAACAUAUAAACUCCUUUGUAGUGAAGGCACAAUUCAACGGCGUUACACGGCAUCCGCGUUGCAGCUGUACCCUCAACCAGUAAGAUACGAAAAAUUGGAAAAGGAAGAUCAAUUGCAUGCGAUCGCUGUCUUGUCUAGUGUCAUUUUAAAUGCUGCAAAUUGGCUGUAAAACCAUUAGGGGACUGGUUGUGCGAUCUAUGUUUACAUAUUGCAAAAAAAGAUUUCCAGCAGCGUCAACAACAAAGAGAAGCAGAGAAAGAAGUAGAAGACGAAGAAGAAAGGGAGAGGCAAUGGAGGAGAGAGUUAUUGCCAGUAUUAUACAAAAACGGUACCCUGGACUACCUGGUACAACAAUCGAAGCUGCCUGAAGAAAAUCCACUACUUCUGAUUAAACGUUCUGGUAGCAAGUAUCAAGCAUUUUAUAACGAAAUACUGGCGAAAAAACAUCCUCAAUUUUAUCACAAACUGAUGCGUCAUUCGGACAUUGCAGAGCCAACUGGAGUCAUCACCAAUUACAUUCGGAUGAAGUACCCAUGCGAAUUUGAUACAGGGAGAUUAUCGUUAACCCGCAUUCAGUUUUUGUUGGUACAAAUUAUUGAUAGAGUAAAUAAAAAAAGCGAUGUAAAGACCAUAAUGAUAAUAUAUGGUAGUCUUCAUCUG